AUGGGCCAGGUAGUACAGCAGAAGGAAUUCAAGUAUCAUACAAAAUGCAAGGAGAUGAAACUGACACACCUGUGUUUUGCAGAUAAUAUGAUUCUAUUUUGUAUAGGGGAAUAUAGCUCUGUAAUGCUAAUGCUGAGAGGACUGAUAACAUUCUCAAAUACAUCAAGGAUGACAGUAAAUGCUGAGAAAUCAAACAUAUUUUGUGCAAACAUGAACAACAAUGAAAUGGAAGACUUGAGUGAGAUUACUGGCUAUAAGAAAGGGAAGCUUCCAUUCAACUACUUAGGAGUCCCUAUUUCUCCUAAGAAGUUGAAUGCAGUGGAUUGUGAAAGAUUAAUUGACAAGAUACUAAUAAGAAUCAAGGGAUGGGGGUCCAGAAAUUUCUCAUAUGCAGGAAGAGUUCAAUUAGUCAAUACCGUUUUAAUGCAUCUUCAUACUUAUUGGGCAUCCAUUUUCAUACUGCCAAAGAAAGUGAUGAAGACCAUAGUAACCAUUUGCAAGAAUUAUCUAUGGGAUGGGAGAGUGAUUACCAACAAGCCUCUAUUGGUAGCCUGGGAUAUUGUCUGCAGACCAAAAAGAAGGGGGACUAGGGAUACAGGAAUGCAUAUCCUGGAAUGA